UCGGAACACGGCAGGGCACAAACAUGUGGGUCGCCAAUGAAUGUCUGAAAUAUAAAGGAAUAUGAACGAAUUAAUUUCGAAAUAUGCUGCUGGAUGCUCGGUUAAACAGAUCGCGGAUAUAUAUCAUCUACUUUGACUGAGAUAAAGCAGCUGACAUGUUUUUGGCAGCUUGUUUGGCGAAGAGCUGGUUCGGCUGUGCUAAAGGACACACACACAGACUGAGCGCCAGCACUGCUGCCACCUGCCACUACAGAAGAUCUGCAAACACACCGCAGAGAAACACUACAGCACAGCUCACAUGGCUUCAGAGACUGAAGACCUGUGGACCAGAGCUGGACCUUCAUCAGAGGUCAGACCCACUCAGCUCGGUUAUAUGUAGCGUUAGAGCAAGACUACAGAAGCAUCAGUGCAGGCUUCAUCAGCCGGGCUCGAGCAGCUUCACUGGUGCUGCUGGUGCCAAUGGGUUCUGCACUGAUGCUUCUAGAAAGCCAGUUUUGGAAGACAAAUGUUCAAAGCAGGAUUCAAGGGAAAAGGAGGAAGUUCAAGGACAAGGAGACUCGCCACCUCCAGCUAAAGAGGGACAUUUCCAGUUUAAAGAGCUGUAUGAGAAUCCAUGGACGAUCCCUAAUUACCUCUGUAUAGCCCGGAUCGUUCUGUCUCCUGUCGUGGGAUACUUGAUCACCGAACAGUACUUCCACGUCUCUCUGGGGCUUUUCCUACUGGCCGGAGCAACAGACUUGCUGGACGGCUACAUCGCUCGUAACUGGCCCAAUCAGAAGUCGGCUCUGGGCAGCGCUCUCGAUCCAUUGGCUGAUAAGAUUCUCAUCAGCGUUCUUUACGUCAGUCUGACAUAUGCACAGCUCAUCCCUGCUCCUCUGACAGCACUGAUCAUAUCCAGAGAUGUAGCGCUGAUCGCUGCUGUUUUCUAUGUGCGCUACAAAACAGUUCCUCCUCCAGUAACACUCAGUAAAUUCUUCAACCCGUGUUACACCACUGCCCGACUCAGACCAACACUCAUCAGCAAGAUCAACACGGCAGUGCAGUUGUUCCUGGUGGCGGCGUCUCUGGCGGCGCCGGUGUUUCACUACACUGACAGUGUUUUACUGCAGUCACUGUGGUACAUAACCGCUCUGACGACCACAGCAUCUGCUUACAGCUACUAUCAUUACGGUAAAAAGACCGUUGAGAUUCUGAACAAAACCAAGUAGUCGUGCAGUCAUCGGCACAGCUGGGAUUCGACCUUUGACGGAUACUUUCGGGAAUCCUGGGAAUAAUCAGUCAUUGUGAAUAAUGGAAAUGAAUGCCACGGUCUUACUUCUGUAACGGAGGCACUUUAGUCUGUAUAAAGUCAAAAAUUAUUUUGAUUACAAUAUUAAAUUCAUGUGGUGUCACUUCUGA